UCACAGAAGCGGACCCUGGGAGUAGUAGGAUCUCCGCUCUCCAUUUGACCGAAAGAACAAGGGCCUGCGGAUUCUCAGGGCACUACAAUUCCCAGAAUCCAAUGCGCGGCCCAUGGAAACCCUUGUCAAACUUUCCAAUGCCAGCGCUGAAUAAGAACCGAACAAGAGAAACGGCUGGAGUGGCCCAAGGAAAGCGCUCGCCUGACGGGCCACACAAGGUAACCAGGAUGGUUAAUUAUAGAAGAUGCACUGAGCUUGUAGCUCACCUUCUUAGUAAGUACCACCCAGAGGAGCAGAGCCUUGAGCACUUCCUGGAAGAGUCCACAGAAGAUUUCCAGAGCCUUAAUGAUGAAGAGGAGAGAUUUGUCGGCGCGGCUCUCUGUGGAAGUGUGCAGUACAGAGCUCUCCUGGAUACAGUGGUGCGCGCUUUCUAUGCCAGAGACGGCAAACACUGCAAGCAGUCGGAGCAAUAUCUCUUUGUUGUGAUUGGCUACCUGGCAACAUUUCAGUUGGAAGAACUCGGCCUACAAACCUUUGUUAGAAUCAUCACAUCUCAGGAUGUCACUAAAAUGUGCAAGUUUCUCAGCUUUUUCUUUAAUGUUGUGAAUUUGAACACGUGGAUAAAAGACGAAUGGAGCCAGAUUUAUGACUCAAAUUAUGUCAAGGAAAACUGGAUCAGUCAUUUGCUAAAAUGGCAGCCUGAGAUUCAUAAUAUAACAGAAGGACUUCAGAGUAAAACAGCUAAAGGCCCAAGUCGAGCAAGAAGUUCCAAAACAACGGAGACAAAAGAGUUUAAUCUAACUAAACCCAGACCGAGGUCAUUACCAGUGCCUCAGCUGAUCCCAGCCCAGAAGCCACAUCAGCCUGUUCCCCAGACUUUGUACAAGGCACCAAAGGAGCAAGAACUGUUGAAGGAACAGAAAAAAAGGAAUCGCAGGAAAGCAGAGGAAAUACUGGUCGAAGCCAAUGUGGGGCAGUUCAAAUGCGCAGUCGCCGAAAAGUCAGAGAAAACCAAGCGUAUUCUGUCUGAAAUCGUGAAAGAGGAACAGAACAAACUGUCUUUCAGUGGAUACAAAAGCUCCCAAGUGCCUGUGCCUAGGGCAGAUAAUGUACCAGUGAAACUAAAUGCAGCAGCCAUACUAAGAGAGGGCGCCCUCUACCAGCGCCAGGUGGAAGAAGAACUUCGCAGGAUAGAGAAGCUAGUUGAUGGGGCACGAGACCCCACAGAGUUCCUAGAAUGGCAGAGGCAAAUGCGGGAAAAAGACCUAGAGCAGCAGCUGGCGGAGAUCGAAUGCAGGCGCCUGGAAGGCAAGCUAAGCCGCGAGGAGGCCGUCCUGGCCCGUCAGAAUCUUAUCCAAGAGAACAAAAAGAAAGCUGAUAUAAAGAAACAAGAGACUGAAAAACUGAUGCGCAUAUAUGCAGAAAAGCGAAUCCAGGAAGAGAAGGAGAUGAGGGACCUGGUAGAGCAAGUUUCAGAAGGACACAAGAACACAAAGCAGGCACGGCUGAAACUCCAGAAAUACAAACAACAAAUAGUGCAAGAAGUGACAGAAGAGAGCCGGGAGCUUCUCCGACAAGCUCUAGAAGAAGCUGAAGAAGAACUUAAAAAGAAAUUUGAGCUGAUACGUGAGAUACGAGCCAUGGAAUCUGUGCCGUUCAUUAGGCAUAAGUUUGUGGACUUAACACAAACUGCUGGGCAUAGGCUGAAUUGUGAGAUGUCCCUGGUGGAGCUACGUGAGCGUUUAGCCAUUCUAAAGGAAGCAGAAAAAAAGGCAGAGGAGGAGAAACGCAAUCAGAUCCUCAUAGAAAAGCAAUCAAAACAGCAGCUUCUCUUGGACACCCUGGAACAAAUCUCCUUACAUAGAUCGGCUCUUGGCAAAGCAGCUGUUAUAAAGCUGGAAGAAAAAAAAGCCAAAUCCCAGUUCGUUAAGGCCGCUGUUUCCAAAGACGAGCGUGUGGCUGAGCUGCAAAGGAAACUGGAAGAGAAGAUGACAGAACGCAAGACCCAGGCAGCCAUAAGGCAGAGCCAUGAGCAGAACAGGAGCAGAUUGUGCAAGACAACCUUUGAGGAAAACCACUGGAAAGAAUUAGAAGAGAGUCGUGAACGUCAAGCUCAGCUUCUCCAAAGAGGCGUGGUUUCCAAAGAAAGCACUAAUAGGAAAGACUUAUAUCAGUUGGCAAGGACCUCAACAUCUCCCACCUGGGUGCUAACAUCAUGACGCUUACACCUUUAUGUGAAUUUUGGGAAAUAUUUAGAGUUUUUUUCUCUCCCUGCAGAUUAUAAAACAUACUCAUAUUUAAAUGAACAUACUUGAUUUUGAGACAAUAUAUAAAUUGAAUAUUAUUGGUUA